CCCGGCCAGCGGAGCCGGCGCCAGCGGGCUGCUGAGGUGGCUGUCGCCGGCUCGGAGUUGCGGCUUUCCCGGGUCGAGCCCCCGAUGGAGGCCGAGGCCGCGGAUGGCCCCCCGGGCGGGGUUGAGGCGGCGCUCAGCUGCUUCUCUUUCAACCAGGACUGCACAUCCCUAGCAAUCGGAACCAAAGCCGGUUAUAAGCUGUUUUCUUUGAGUUCUGUGGAACAACUGGACCAAGUCCAUGUAAGCAACGAGAUCCCGGAUGUCUACAUCGUGGAGCGUCUCUUCUCCAGCAGCCUGGUCGUCGUGGUCAGCCACACGAAGCCGCGGCAGAUGAACGUCUACCACUUCAAGAAAGGCACGGAGAUCUGUAACUACAACUAUUCCAGCAGCAUCUUGUCCAUAAGGCUGAACCGGCAGCGGCUGCUGGUGUGCCUGGAGGAGGCCAUCUACAUCCACAACAUCAAGGACAUGAAGCUGUUGAAGACCAUCCUGGAUAUUCCUGCAAACCCAACAGGUCUGUGUGCCCUCUCUAUCAACCAUUCCAAUUCUUACGUGGCCUAUCCUGGAAGCCUGACCACGGGCGAGAUUGUGCUCUAUGAUGGACACUCCCUGAAACCAGUGUGCACGAUCGCAGCCCACGAGGGGACGCUGGCCGCCAUCGCCUUCAAUGCCUCGGGCUCCAAACUGGCAAGUGCAUCAGAAAAAGGCACCGUCAUCCGGGUGUUCUCCGUACCUGACGGGCGAAAGCUCUACGAGUUUCGGAGAGGAAUGAAAAGGUACGUGACCAUCAGCUCCCUGGUUUUCAGCAUGGACUCACAGUUCCUCUGCGCCUCCAGCAACACGGAGACCGUGCACAUCUUCAAGCUGGAGCACAUCACCAACAGCCGACCCGAGGAGCCCUCCACCUGGACCGGCUACAUGGGGAAGAUGUUCAUGGCCGCUUCCAACUACCUCCCCGCCCAGGUGUCAGACAUGAUGAACCAGGACAGGGCCUUUGCCACCGGGCGUUUGCACUUCUCCGGGCAGAAGAACAUCUGCACCCUCUCCACGAUCCAGAAACUGCCGAGGCUCCUGGUCGCAUCUUCCGACGGACACCUUUACGUCUACAAUUUGGACCCUCAGGAUGGAGGAGAAUGUGUCCUAAUCAAGACCCACAGCUUGCUUAGCUCAGGGACAACCGAAGACAAUAAAGAAAAUGACCUCAGACCUCCAUUACCUCAGUCUUACGCGGCGACCGUAGCCAGACCAAGUACAUCUUCUGCCUCCACUGUUCGCGGCUAUUCUGAGGACGGCGGGGCCCUCCGAGGAGAGGUCAUUCCUGAACACGAGUUUGCGACGGGACCAGUGUGUCUGGACGAUGAGGAGGAAUUCCCCCCUAUAAUCUUGUGCCGUGGAAAUCAGAAGGGCAAAACGAAGCAGUCCUGAUGAGAAGCGCACCUCAGAAAUCAGGACACCCCCUGUCAGGUGGUUGUGGAGAGAACGCGGAAGGUGGAAGAACGGAGCGCUAUUGUGUGCGCAGAGGAGGGAGGCAGGAGUCCACGGGCCACGCGGUCCGCUGCUCGCCAAGCCCUCCUCCGCCCCGGGGGCCAGUGGGGAUGGGAGAGACUGUGCGCACAUCCUGCUCUCUGAAGCACGUUACAGCCCUGGUCUCGAUGCUCACUAACCAUGCAGGUCUAUACCCAGAACUUUACAGGAGAAAGGGCAUCCUUGUUAAAUGUAUGCCAUGUAAAAAAUGUACGUAUAGGAAAACCUCUUUGAAUUGUAUUUCUUGUAUAUGACAUAGAGAGAAACUGAUUUUAGCCAGGCAAAGUAUUUUUGCAGUGGUUGGAAUAAAUCCUUUAUUACCUUAGAGUCCCGUUUUGGACACGUAUAAUAAAAUCAUGGCAAUGCA